AUGACUACCUUCAAACAAUUUUUUGUGGUCACUUUGAUUCUGGCAAUCCGUCUCUUCGCUUCAUCUGACGCGAUUCCUAUCGACACUAAGGCCCUCGAAGGCUCCGGCGUCACCUUCGGUAGUGGCGGCACUCAGAUCAGUGACAAAGGCGUCAACGUCGGCACUACUAAAGCCGUCGACAUCGGCAACGGCGAAGGCGUCCAAAACACAGGCGUCAACAUCGGCAACGGCUAUAAAGGCGAAGGCAACAAUGGUCCCACUAACACUAACAGCGGUAUCAACAUUGGCGACGCCCACAGUGGCAGCGGCACAAAUGGAGGCCUCGGCACCGCUAACAGCGGCAUCAACAUUGGCAACGGCUACGGUGGCGCCGGCAUUAACGGUGGCACCGGCGGCGUCGGCACCGUUAACAGCGGCACCAACAUCGCAAACGGCUACGGUGGUGCCGGCGUCAAUCCCAAUGGUUAUGGCG